AUGGAAGAAGAAGUCGCAGCCCUCGUCAUUGACAAUGGUUCUGGAAUGUGCAAGGCCGGUUUCGCCGGUGAUGAUGCUCCAAGAGCUGUUUUCCCUUCCAUCGUCGGUCGUCCCCGUCAUCAUGGUAUCAUGAUUGGUAUGGGUCAAAAGGACUCAUAUGUUGGAGAUGAAGCGCAAUCCAAGCGUGGUAUUCUCACCCUUAGAUACCCAAUCGAGCACGGUGUCGUCACCAACUGGGAUGAUAUGGAGAAGAUCUGGCAUCACACUUUCUACAACGAACUCCGUGUAGCACCAGAGGAACACCCAGUUUUACUUACUGAGGCCCCAAUCAACCCCAAGUCCAACAGAGAGAAGAUGACCCAAAUCGUCUUCGAGACCUUCAACGCCCCUGCGUUCUACGUCUCUAUCCAAGCCGUCCUCUCCCUUUACGCUUCCGGUCGUACUACCGGUAUCGUUCUCGAUUCUGGUGAUGGAGUCACUCACGUCGUCCCAAUUUACGAAGGUUUCUCUCUUCCUCACGCCAUCGCUCGUGUUGAUAUGGCUGGUCGUGAUUUGACUGAUUACCUCAUGAAGAUCUUGGCUGAGCGUGGUUACACUUUCUCCACCACUGCCGAGCGUGAAAUCGUCCGUGAUAUUAAGGAGAAGCUCUGUUACGUCGCUCUUGACUUUGAGCAAGAAAUUCAAACCGCUAGCCAAUCUUCCAGCUUGGAGAAGUCAUACGAACUUCCUGAUGGACAAGUUAUUACCAUCGGUAACGAGCGUUUCCGUGCUCCAGAAGCUUUGUUCCAACCAUCUGUCUUGGGUCUUGAGAGCGGUGGUAUCCAUGUCACCACUUUCAACUCCAUCAUGAAGUGUGAUGUUGAUGUCCGUAAGGAUUUGUAUGGUAACAUUGUUAUGUCUGGUGGAACCACCAUGUACCCUGGUAUCUCCGACCGUAUGCAAAAGGAAAUCACUGCUCUUGCACCAUCAUCGAUGAAGGUCAAGAUCAUUGCACCACCCGAGAGAAAAUACUCCGUCUGGAUCGGUGGUUCUAUUUUGGCAUCUUUGUCUACUUUCCAACAGAUGUGGAUCUCAAAGCAAGAGUACGACGAGUCUGGACCUUCCAUCGUUCACCGAAAGUGUUUCUAA